AUGGCCGACAGCUUGCGGAGAUUAAUCAACAACGAGAGCUGCAGGAUUUUGCAGGAGAAGCUGGAGAACUGGUAUAAAGAUUACCACAUUAACUCAUGUGAUCAGAAUCUGAACCAAUGUUGUGAAAUCGUAGAAAUGAACUCCAUGAUUCAGGGGCAACUCUUCACAAUCCUCAAUCAAACCGCUCGAGAAGGUGGGCAUUAUGCAGGUGUAGAGACAAUAAAAUCUCGUCUCCUGCCAUGGCUGGGGACAUGUUUUUCCAGUACUACUUCGGGAAGGCCCUUUGAAACCAGUCUUUCUCUCAUUCAGGAGUCAAUUGAGAAAGAAAGGCAGCUGAGGGAAUUUGCCAGCACUCGGAACCAUGAACUACAACAGUUGGAGAAAGAACUGAACUCAACUCGUUUACAACUCACCUUAGUGCAACAAGAUCUGGCAGAAGCCCAGAUGGCUCUUGAAGACACAAAGACCAAAUCAGCCACUACCCUUUUGGCAGCAGAGGAUGAAAUUGUUCAUCUAAAAGCAGCUCUGAAGGCUUCCCAAGCACAGGAAGAGAGCGCUUUGAGGAAUCUGGAUCGUCUGAAUGAUUAUGAGCAACAGGUUCAAAUACUAAAGGAUGAGAUUGCCAUCCUGGGUGCCCAAAAAUCUGUUCUUCACAGCAGACUUGCACGGAGUCGCUCUCCUUCUCCAAGGCCCUGCCGAAGUAGAUCAUCUAGUCCUCUUCCACUCAGGAGCUGCUCACCUGGCCGGGCCAGGCUUACGAAUGCUGCACGUCAUGCCCACCUGGUGGCUCGCUUUAGUGAGAUUUAUACUCAAGAACGCUUGGAUGCACAGAACCUUCUGAGGACUUAUAUCGAUGAUCUGGAGAUAGUGCAGAGGAUAAUAUAUGUUGCAGCUGUGGAGUCUUUCCAUGCAGCGAAGAUGGCCUUCAGACAAUUCAAAAUGCGUGUGAGAAAGACUCUGUCUCUAACUUACUCAGGGCCUGAAUCACUUGAAGACACUGUCCUGGAUUAUAUAGUUCGCCAUGAGGAUCUAUAUGAUGUUCAAGCCAGUGUCAACGAAGUAAUUCGUGCCAUGAAUAUCAAUCCUAAAAUUUCAUUCCCACCAGAAGUUGACUUCAUCAUGAUCAGCAGUUUGAUUCGGGAGUUGUGCCGUGUAGCUUUUUCAAUGCAGACCUUGGUUCCUCCCCUCGAUAUUGCAUUUGGUGCAGAUGGAGAACUUUUUAAUGAGAGCAAAUACCGUCGCAGCUAUGACUCUGAUUUUACGGCUCCCUUGGUGGUCUAUCAUGUGUGGCCUGCUCUGAUGGAAAAUGAUUCUAUUAUUGUGAAGGGAGAGGCAGUCUCAAAGAGAGGUGCUCUGUGGUCUCGCAGGAGCAGGAGUAAAAGCAGAAGCAGAAGCCGCAGCAUGAGCCCUAUUCUGUCUCAUUCUGCAAGCCCCAGCCGCACCUUGUUACCUCGAAGUCGCAGCCCUUCCCCAAUAAGGAGCGGAAGCCCAAGGCCAGCCUUAAAUACAAGCAACACAAGUGACUGCUUGGGGCCUUGUGCUUUUACAUAG